AUGGCCCAGGAGAUGAUGGAGGCGAGGGAGGCAGAUGACAGGGACGUGGUGGUCGGGGACGCGGUGGUCGGAGACGCGUGUGAGACAGACCAGAGCUGGGAGCCUCGGCCCCUGCACGCCCUCACCCGCGGCCGGGGCGCCUGCAUGGCCGCUCCCGACAGCCCCGCGCCCGGCGCUGAGGCCACAGAUGCGAAGGGCCUCGCAGCCCCACAGAGCAUGUCCCCUGGGAGCACGGGGAUGACCCGAGACGAGCUGCAGGACAGCUUCCACCUGGAGGCCUCGUCCAGCGAGGACCUGCCCACCCUCUGGAAAGCCGUCAGCAACUACCAGAGCAUGAGGGCCCUCGGGGCCACCGCCAUCCAGACGUGGAAGGAGCCGUGCCGCCGGGAGCUGUAUGAAGUGCUGGAGAGACUAGCCGAGCAGCAGCAGGGGGCCGGAGGAGCUGGGCCACACAGGUUUUACCUGCCCAACUGCCACAGGAGCGGCUUCUACCACCCCAAACAGUGCGAGGCGUCUCUGGACGGAGAGGCGGGGCUCUGCUGGUGCGUGUACCCCUGGAGCGGGAAGAGGAUCCCGGGGUCUGCGGAGGUCCGAGGGGACCCCAACUGCCCUCAGUAUUUCCACUGAGAACGGAAGAAUGCGACCUAGUCCUUCACGUGAGAUAUUUAAGUGCAUAGCGUAUUUAUACUCUGGAGCACGCGCGUUUAUACUCAUAUGGAUUUGUACAUACGAAGGAACCACUUUUUAUGCUGCACAUAGUACUUGAUAUAUAAAGCUUCGAUUUAUUUAUUCACUGUAAGUUUAUUUUUCUACACGGCAACUUGUGCCGUAUAAUUUAUAUAUCGUGAAACACUUCUUACCACCUGCCUGUAAAUACUUGUAUUUUAGCUUUUCCAAUGUCCGGGCUUCUGUUCGUAAAGAGCUCGCGAAAAAUCCUUGCUAGCCGAGCGCGCGGCCGGGCUUCUGCCGCGGCGGCCGGAGCAGGCUGAGCGGCUGCGCGGCCCGCGCUCGGUCAACGCGCGGGACGGGGCGGAUGUUGAGUGAGCUCAGCUCUUCGCGGCCCUGUUGCUGCCUGUGAACACGUCGUCAAACUUUGACAAUGUAACGUAUUCGGAAUAAAAGUUCU